CUCAUAACAACGGAAGAUAAACAGAGCCAAUUAUGGCGUGAAGUCAUCGAGACGCAGCGAAGACGCGGUCGACUAUCUGGACUAAAAACAAAUAGUUUCAAUUCGAAUUCUACUUUAUUUAUUUCGCCAGGAUUCAUUAAUCCCUUACAAGACGCUGAAGUAGAAAUGAGGCAUUUUAAUUGACAACAUUCGGGAAUAUUUGGUGUCACAAUUAACAGCGUUGGCGUCGACGAAAGCAUGCGGACGUUGAAGACACAACGGAAGAAAAGGACAUGAAUGUAUUUACUAAGUAUUUUUCAGCACAUCUGGUGUUGCCUUCAGGGGACGUGGGAUUAUCUAACACGUCAGCAGCUCUCCGGACAACGAAAUCAUUCAUAGACUUUUUAGCGGACUCCCAUCUUCCAGCAUGCCUUUGCAGUCAAGGAGGCAAUGGACGACUGUCGUGUUCGGCGUCAUUAUCGGCUUCACUGCGUGCCAUUGGUUCAUUCUACCCCAAGUACAGGAAAAGAAACGGAAUGAAUCCCCGUGUUCGUUCAAUAGUGCCGCCGGGAAAAUAUCGACGAGUCCCGGUCAUAUGGACCACCGUGGAGCCGAAAGCCGGCCCAGACACUUCCUCUAUGUGGGCGUGAUGACGGCUAAGAAGUAUAUCAAUACCCGGGCCGUGGCUGCGUUCAACACCUGGGUGAGAUCCAUUCCCGGGAAGGUGGAGUUCUUCUCCAGUGAUGGCUCCGACAGCGUGGAGGUCCCCGUUCCGCUUCCAGUGGUCUCACUGGCCGGCGUGGACGACUCCUAUCCCCCGCAGAAAAAGUCCUUCAUGAUGCUGAAGUACAUCCAUGACCAUUACUUGGAUCAAUAUGAAUGGUUCAUGCGAGCGGAUGAUGAUGUUUACAUCAGAGGUGAGAAGCUGGAGUUGUUUUUGAGUUCUCUGAACAGCAGUGAGCCUCUUUACCUGGGCCAAACUGGCCUCGGCAUGGCAGAGGAGUUGGGCAAACUAGCUCUGGAGCCCGGGGAGAACUUCUGCAUGGGCGGACCUGGGAUGAUCUUCAGCAGAGAGGUUCUACGCAGGAUGGUGCCGCACAUCGGUUCUUGUCUCAAGGAGAUGUACACCACACACGAGGAUGUGGAAGUCGGCCGCUGUGUACGACGCUUUGCAGGGACGCAGUGCGUGUGGGCCUAUGAGACGCAGCAGCUGUUCUACGAGAACUACGAACACAAGAAAGGUUUCAUUGAGGAGCUUCACCGCAGCAAGAUCCACAAUGCCAUUACGCUACAUCCCAAUAAAUGGCCCGACUACCUGUACCGACUCCAUAACUACAUGUUGUCCCGUGAAAUCUCAAGGCUGCGUCACAACAGCAUCCUGCUGCACCGUGAAGACCUGACCAUGACACGUCUCAACGAUGCAGAAAUGAAUUGGGAGGACCAGCUGCUGGGAGCACCGCCUUCCUACAUGCGGUAUCAACCCAGUGAGCGCGAUGACGUCAUCGAGUGGAAUUUUUUGACCGGCCGUCACAUUUACUCCGCCGUUGAAAACAAGAUGGCCAGGCAAAGCCUCGGUAGCUCACUUCGGACGGCUUUAGAAGACAUCAUGCUCCAGGUGAUGGAAAUGAUCAACGGAAAUUCUAAAACACGCGGCCGCAUGAUCAACUUCAAAGAGAUUGAGUACGGUUAUUACCGGGUGGAUCCGAUGCACGGGGCUGAGUACGUUUUAGACUUAUUGCUCCUGUACAGAAAACGUCGUAAAAUAACCGUGCCUGUGAGGCGUCACGCUUACCUCCAGCAGUCCUUCAGCCGCCCCUUCUUUUGCGAAACCGAGGAGUUAAACGUGGCUGAACUUGUGCUCGCUAUCGACUCUGGAUCCCGGUCCCUAUCCUUUCUGUCCAACCCCCUCAGGUUACUGUCUCCUUUCCAGUUCUACGAGUCAACCAGAGAAACGAGGGAGCAAAGCCAGAGGAAAGUCAACAUCCUGGUCCCGCUGUCCGGUCGCUAUGACACCUUUGUCCGUUUUAUGGAGAACUUCGAACAAGUGUGCUUGAUACCCAAACAAAACGUUCAACUCUCAGUCAUCCUAGUGGACUCUGAGAGUUAUCAAGGCAAAGGGAAACAUGUUCAGUUAAUCAAAAAUUACAACAAAAAAUAUCCCAAAGCUGAGCUGGCAGUGAUUCCAGUGACAGGAAACUUUUCUCGGGGAUUUGCUCUUGAACUUGGCUCCUCGCUGUCUGACAAUGGCACUUUACUAUUCUUCUGUGACGUGGAUCUCAUCUUCAACGCGGACGCCCUUCAGCGCUGCAGAGAUAACACGGUGCAAGGAAAACAGGUCUUUUUCCCCAUCGUAUUUAGUCAGUACGACCCCAGUAUCGUGUAUGCCGAUAAAGCCGAGAGAGAAAACAAGUUUGUUCUAACCAAAAAAAGCGGGUUUUGGCGCGAUUACGGCUUUGGCAUAGCUUGCGUUUUUAAGAGCGAUCUCCUCCAAGCUGGUGGAUUCGACACCUCAAUCCUUGGCUGGGGAUUGGAAGAUGUCGACCUUUUCACGAAGGUCGUUCAUUCUGGUUUGAAAGUGUUUCGCAGUCAGGAGCCAGGAAUUAUUCAUGUUUAUCAUCCGGUCCAUUGCAGCCCAGGUCUUGAUCCAAAGCAAUUGAAAAUGUGCCUCGGGUCCAAGUCGAGUACGUAUGCUUCAACAAUGCAUUUAGCAGAGAUGUGGAUGGACAAGCAAUUUGAAGUCGGGAAUAACAGAAGUUCAUCUUGACAAGCAUUCAGAUUUACCUCAAAUCUGCGUGGAAUGCAUGUGUGAUACAUGUUGCAGGUGUUUCAGUAAAAACAAAAUAAAUGGUCGAAAAA